ACAGUUUUCAAGAUGGCGGACUCAAGAUGGCUGUUUGCCCGCGCUUUCUGCCUCGUACUCAUGAUGGGCUCGGCGAUGUCCUCCAAGGAACUGCUGACGAAGAUGACUGGAGGGUUCACCAAGGUCGUGGAUGCGUGCAAGACUGAGUUGAGCGUGGGCGACCACAUAAUGCAAGACAUGUACAACUUCUGGCGCGAGGAGUAUCAGUUAGUGAACCGGGACCUGGGCUGCAUGAUCAUGUGCAUGACAGCCAAGCUUGACCUCAUCGGGGACGACCAGAAGAUGCACCAUGGAAAGGCUGAGGAGUUCGCCAAGAGCCACGGUGCUGACGAUGCCCUAGCCAAGCAGCUGGUGGGCUUGAUCCACGGCUGCGAGACUCAGCACCAGGCCGUCGAAGACCACUGCAGCCGGGCCCUGGAGAUAGCCAAGUGCUUCCGCACCAAGAUCCACGAGCUCAAGUGGGCGCCCAGCAUGGAGGUCAUCAUGGAGGAGAUCAUGACUGCCGCAUAGAUGGAAAUGGACAUAGCAAUGGGAAUGUAGUUGGAGGAAUGGAAAGAGCUGAAGGAGAGGAAAAGAUAGAAAUAUAAAGAAGGAAAGAGGGAAGAAUAGGAAAAAAGCUUUAGGUGAUUUUAAAUUUAAAUGCGUUGGAACAUUUUUUUACAUAGCUUGAGAUUUAAUAACGUAGGUAGUAUUGAGAGAGGAAGAUUUGGGUCAUUCUUUUUUUUAGUAGGAUUAAUUUGUUGUCGCUGUGGUGUGUAGGUAGUUUUUAACUGGUAAAAAACAACGCGAAAGGCAUGUGUAAGUAGAAUAAUUAUAGUCUUAAAAAUAAAUAAUCGUGUUUUGCAAUACUAACCUCAGGGUAUUUCCGGCAAGUUUUACUAAUAGGUGGUAUGUGUUAUACAUACGUAUAGUUGUGACUAACAAUAAUUACAUCUCCCUGAAAUCGUCAGUUUCUCUGUUUCUCUCUUUCUCCGUUUAUUGUGUUUAAUAAAGGUUUUUAGAAAUUGUUUUAUUGUAA